AUGGAGCUAUGCGGGCGUCAGAAAGUCGUCCAGCGCAAGAUGGUGCUACUAGGUGACGGUGCCUGCGGCAAGACUUCGGCGCUGAAUGUGUUUACAAGAGGUGAGCCCACUGUCUUUGAGAAUUAUGUCCACGAUAUCUUUGUCGAUAAUGUACAUAUGGAGUUGUCGCUAUGGGACACGGCCGGACAGGAGGAAUUCGAUCGGUUACGCGCGCUCUCCUACGAGGAUACGCACGUCCUGAUGUUGUGCUUUAGUGUCGACAGCCCGGACUCCUUCGAAAACGUCGGGUCCAAGUGGAUUGCCGAGAUCAACGAGAAUUGCCCUGGCGUGCGGGUCGUGCUGACCGCGCUCAAGUGUGAUUUGAGGAAAGAUGAGGAGAUGAAUGAUAACCCGAAUACUAUCACGUUUGAUCAGGGUCUGGCUAAGGCCAAGGAGAUUGGCGCUGUGAAGUACCUGGAAUGCUCGGCCGUUCAAAACCGCGGCAUCAGAGAGAGCUUCUACGAAGCGGCCAAGGUCGCUCUAGAUGUCAAGCCCGCCGGGGGCAAGAGCGCGGGCUCGUCGUGUGUCAUUCUGUAA